AUGAAUCCCAACAACACCAUGAGUUCCAACAGCACCGAUAACUUUUACGUCGGAAUCACCUCCAAAAACAGCACUUGCGCCAGAGCUAUAACCGUGAGAUCAUGUAUUCCAAUACAUGAUGCAAAAUCCAUACGUGACGAGCAAAAGCCCGCCUACAUUGCAGGUGUCUCGAUCGCAUUCUUUUUCAUCAUCAUUUUUGCUAUCGCCAUACAAAAUCUUCGCGCUCGCAUUGCCUCCAACAGGUCUAUGGAUGAACAGAGACGAGUUGAAGAAGGAAGAAUGACCAAGGUUGUUCAGCAGGUCACUGGUAGUGAGAUGGUGACUGAUAGUGAAAAUAAAACUGGUAGUGGAAUACCAACUGGGAUUCUAAAGACAACUGGUAGUGGAACGAAAAUUGGUAAUGGAACGGCAGUUGGUAGUCUGAAGACAACUGGUAGUGGAACGACAGUUGGUAGUUUGAAGACAACUGGUAGUGGUACGACGACCAACAGUGAAAGGACGACCUGUAGUGAAAAGGCAGCUCAAGUUUCAAAGAAACCUGUCAAGCUAUGA